AGGCGGUCACAGCUGCAGCAGCUACGGGGCCGUGACCGCGGCGGGACCGUAACGGGACUGGGUGAUGGCGGCGACAGCUGUGGCGGCGGGGAAUGGGCCGGCGGCGGGGGCCGAGUCCACGGAGGGCCCCCCGGGACCAGCGGCGGCGCUGGAGCUGUGGCUCAACAAAGCCACAGACCCAAGCACACCGGAACAGGACUGGUCAGCUAUCCAGAAUUUCUGUGAACAAGUGAACACCGACCCCAAUGGGCCAACCCAUGCACCCUGGCUGCUGGCCCACAAGAUCCAGUCUCCACAAGAGAAGGAAGCUCUUUAUGCCUUGACGGUGCUGGAGACAUGCAUGAACCACUGUGGGGAGAAGUUCCACAAUGAGGUGGCCAAGUUCCGCUUCCUGAAUGAGCUGAUCAAAGUGUUGUCCCCAAAGUAUCUGGGAGCCUGGGCCACCGAGAAAGUGAAAGGUCGUGUCAUUGAGAUCCUCUUCAGUUGGACUGUCUGGUUUCCUGAGGACAUCAAGAUCCGAGAUGCCUAUCAGAUGCUGAAGAAGCAAGGAAUCAUAAAGCAAGACCCUAAACUACCUAUGGAUACCAUCUUGCCUCCACCUUCCCCCUGGCCCAAGAGCUCCAUCUUUGAUGCUGAUGAGGAAAAGUCCAAGCUGUUGACAAGACUUCUCAAGAGCAGCCACCCAGAGGAUCUCCAGGCUGCAAAUCGGCUCAUCAAGCACCUGGUCAAGGAGGAGCAAGAAAAAUCAGAGAAGGUGUCCAAGAGGGUGAGUGCGGUGGAGGAGGUGCGAAGUCACGUGAAGGUGCUACGGGAGAUGCUGAGCACAUACCGCAGGCCAGGCCAGCCCCCACCCGACCAGGAGGCACUGCAGGUGGUGUACGAAAGGUGUGAGAAGCUGCGGCCCACCCUAUUCCGGCUGGCGAGCGACACCACGGAUGAUGAUGAUGCGCUUGCGGAGAUUCUUCAGGCCAACGACCUCCUCACCCAGGGAGUUCUGCUGUACAAACAGGUGAUGGAGGGCCGAGUCACCUUUGGGAACACAGUGACUAGCUCAGUGGGAGACAUUCCUGUCUCCAGAGUCUUUCAGAAUCCCACAGGCUGCAGCAAGAACUGCCCCCUGAUCGACCUGGAGAUGAACAGUGCGUCUGGGCAGGCUGGACCGGUGGUGCCAUCUUUGCUUCAUCAGGACCUGGCAGCCUUAGGGAUCAGUGAUGCUCCUGUUCCAAGCAAGGUUGCCGAUCAGAGUUGCUGCAAGGAAAGGAAUCUCCAAGAAGGCAGCAUGCAGAGCCCUUGUGGAGGCAGGAACUUGCUGGAUCUCCUCUCACCACAGCUCUCUCCAGGGUCCCUGAAUUACGUGCCACAGAAGAGUAUUCCAAAGGAAGUGCCUCCAGGUACCAAGUCCUCUCCAGGCUGGUCAUGGGAGGCUGGCUCUCUGUCCUCUUCCCCAGCUUUACAGAACACUCCUCUGGCUCAGGUGUUUGUCCCUUUGGAGUCUGUGAAGCCCAGCAGCCUGCCCCCACUUAUUGUGUAUGACCGCAACGGCUUCCGAAUCCUGCUGCACUUCUCCCAGACCGCGGCCCCCGGCCAUCCAGAGGUGCAGGUUUUACUGUUGACCAUGAUGAGCACUGCCACACAGCCUGUCUGGGACAUCAUGUUUCAGGUGGCUGUGCCCAAGUCCAUGCGGGUAAAGCUGCAGCCCGCCUCCAGCUCCAAGCUGCCUGCAUUCAGUCCUUUGAUGCCUCCAGCUGUGAUCUCCCAGAUGCUGCUGCUCGACAAUCCACACAAAGAACCCAUCCGGUUACGGUAUAAGCUCACCUUCAACCAGGGUGGACAGCCCUUCAGUGAAGUGGGAGAAGUGAAAGACUUUCCAGACCUGGCCAUCUUGGGGGUGGCCUAACUUCUAGACGGGCCUUUGACUUAAACUCGGGCCACCGUUUCUUUCACUGUCCGGUCUCAUCCCAGGGCUUUAGUGCAGAGUGCCAAGUGUUCUCUCCUGAUGUCAGGCUCUGCAUGCCAACCUCUGGCCUGUUCUGCAGACUCUGUAUGUGUGUGUGUGUGUGAGAGAGAGAAAGAGAGAGAGAGAGAGAGAAGCAUUUCACAUGACCAUCUGGGCUGACUGCUGUCUUGUCUCCGCAUGUUGGUGGGCACUGCUGUCUCUGCGAAAAUCUUUCUUCCUGGAUGGUUACCUUCUCAUCCACCACUCUGUGCCUUGUCAGCCUUUGAAAGUCUUGGCUGCUCCCAGGCUGCUGUUCUCAGGGACCUUCCGAGGGACCUGGUUGGUCUUGGGGUAGAGGGGCCUAUGGGCACUCUCUUCCAAGGAAGACCUUGUCUCCAUCAUUCGAGAAUGCCGCUUGUGUGUGUUUAGAACAAUUUAGGUGGAACACUUGGCCUGUGGCGCUGUCUGCAGGCGGGGGGCUGCUUGCCAGACCAGAAAACCACACUUGGUUGGUCAGUCCUGUCCUUCACCACUGUGCCUUAGAAUUGCCCUUAGUUGGAGCCUCUGGACAGAGGGCUAAGCUGACCCUAGGCCUUGCUCAGGCCUCCGGGCCCUGACUCAGGACCCCCGUGUCUAUCCUCACCCUCCUCUUUCACAAGCUCCCUUCAAGCUCUUUAAUGUGAAUCCCAUUUAGUCACUGGAGACCCCCGCUGGCCAGUCAGCCCUGGCUUGUUGACCUCCCAAUCCCAGAUGAGCUGAAGUGUGCAAGUGGCCAGAAGAGCUUUGCUAUAAUGUAGGUGGUCACUAAACCCAGAGUGUCACUGAAUAAAUACCACAUAGCAAAUCAG